GAACCUCUCCUUUCUCACUUUGUUCUUGCGCGCGGAUCCGGUCUAUCGUUAGAAGAGGAGGUCAAAUCGUGAAUUGGUACCAUGGCCAAAGACAGCAAUAAGAAGGUCGACGAGGUCGAUGGCGUGCCCGUAGAGCGACAAGGCACCCGUCCGGACUUUUCGGUACCACCGCCUAGGAAACGGCUGCCGAAGGAGCUGCAGGAUACGCUCAAUGAUGAGGACAAGAUGUGGGAUGUGCUGUAUGAUGGCGAAGGCGACGACUCAACCGAUACGUCCCUCCGCUAUGCUGCGUACGCAUCUCGUAUCCGUACAAUCAUGCUCUCUGCGCACCGAUAUGUAGCCUAUACCUCCGACAUUGGCGAGUCUUUCCGCCCCAUCGCGCACCCGUACUUGGUCAAAGGCGCCUAUGGCGUGUCCUGGCUCUACCUCACUGGCGACGUCGCCCACGAGGGCUACAAAGCCUACUGCAGGAACCAGCGCACGCUGCACCCGGAGAAGUUCAUCGAUGAAGAUGCCGCCAAGGCGCUUGGAGAGAAGAAAGACCAGGACAUGGCGGCGACAGGAGGUGCUUCUGGCUCAAGCUUCUUUGGCAAGAUCCAGGACCUGGCCAAGGGUGCGACGAGUACCGAGGGCGUCAAGUAUGGCGAUUCUGCCAGUGCGCUGACGGGCGGUCAGGUGGUCGCAGGACGCAUACCGGCGAUUGAGGACUACCGGGCUGUCAUGGCGCAGCGAGCUGUCUUCCAGGCUGUGGCUUCUAUGGGAUUGCCUGCAUUUACCAUUCAUAGUAUCGUACGGUAUUCUGGGCGUGCGCUGAAAGAUGUCAAGAAUAAGACAUUCAGGACCUGGGCUCCAAUUGGGCUUGGUCUUGCGGCCGUUCCAUUCCUCCCCUUUGUGUUUGACGAGCCAGUCGAGCAUGCAACCGAGUGGAUCUUCUACAAUGCCUUCAAAACGUUUGGUGGGGAAAAGGCCGUGGAAGGUCGACCGGUGAUUGGAGCAAAGGAGCUGAGGAAGGAAGAGACAGAGGCGAACAAGGCGAAGAAAGAAUUAUAAGCGGGUUGGAAUCAUGACGAGAUAGUCCACCCGUCUUUGUAUAUACGAUACCCCGAAGCAUACGAUCCGC